AUGGUCAAAGAAGAGCUAAAACUCAACGUGACUGAAGAAGAGCCAACAGGAAGACAACCAAGAUGUCCUUUUGUCAUGGAUGACAAGUUAGACUGUAAAGGCCUCAAAUACCAGCCCAAGGGAUCUGGCCUUAGUUUGGUGGUCAGGGACCACGCAAAGGUUAUAAGCAGAGGAAUGACAGGAUCAGAGUUGGGCUCCAAGAGGGAUGGCCUGAAGCAAAGACGUACUGGAGCACCUGGCAGAGGCUGCUUUGCCCUGGCCAUUCUGCUGGCAAUUGUGGAGAACAAGCUUGGUCGAUGAAUGCACAUCCUCAGCUCAACUUCCCAGGAGGAAGCAACUGUGUUGCUUAAAAAAGAAGAGGCUGAGGCGGGUAUGGUGUUUUUGUGCAAGGACAAGUCUUAAGACUGUUCCCCUGAGACUAGCUUGGAGCAACUGAGACUUAAAUUGGAUCCUGGGAGAGAUGGUAUCAGUGAAAUAUCAUCUCAGUUGGUGUUCACCAUAAACCAAGCCAUGGCAUUGGACAGUGAGACCUACCAGCGGUGUGCCAGAAGCCAGAAGCUGGAUAUCUGCCUUCAGGGCCAUUAUUUCUCUGUUUGAGUCACAGGGGUGAACUACACAGUAAUGGGAUUGAAACGACACCCCAAGUUUGGCCACAAUAAAGGUGCUCUCAGUUCAGGCUUCCUGCAAGAAAAGGUCUGGAUGAUGCUGGUCACCAGCCUGGUGGCCCUUCAAGGUAUGUUCAGAAGAGCUUUUAGCACCCCAAGAAAUGAGAGUGCUAUACCUUUAACAUCUUGAUUACUCUCCAGGAGAAGGGUGGAAAGGAAGCCCAGAGUGGGACAGGGCAAUGCUCCUUAGGCCCUGGCUGUCCACAUGAAAACAUCACACCAGUAUGAGGGCAAAAUUGGUCCAAAGGGCCAUACUAACUAGGGGAUGAUAGAUGAAUCAGACUUUCAUUGGGUAGGAGGUCACACCUAUGAGGAAAGCAAGCCUGUGGGAGAGGCAAGCAAAUACAAAUACCUCUACUUACUGGAUGAACAGAGGGCUACAAGUUGAGGCAACAGAUGUUUGGCUAUAAUGUGAAGAUGAGCACGGCAAGAAACAGACUUGGUCUGGAGGUGGGUUUUAAACAAUGCAGCUCUUCAGCAAAGGUUGAUGGCCAGAUUGAGUAUAUAAAACUCUUGUAGUUGA